AAUCUGUAACUUUUCUGCAUUUGGCCACGUCCUCCUCCAGGGCCUUUCUUUUUUUGUCCCUCUCUCUCUGCACCGCCUUUCCUCUUCUGUUUACCACGUUCAAAGUCAAUUAUCCUCACUUGCACAGCUCGCUCAUUACACAAAGUCGGCACCUGACAUACGCAACACACCCCUUCCUCCACACUCUUACACAAUCUGAGCAAAAUGUCAGCAAAUACCGCACCCCGGCUCAACCUGUCCCAGGCAACAGAGCUCGUGAAGAAACACUACAAACUGACUCCCUCUGAAAUGCACCAUCUGCCCUCAUUUGACGACCAGAACAUUUAUAUCGCAACAGUCGAAGCUGGCGAGUACAUUUUGAAGAUUAGCAAUUCAGAGGACAGUAAAGACCCCGUCCUGUUUGAACUACAGACUUAUGCCAUGAAUUUCCUGCAUGAGAAUGGACUUCUGACUCAAACAACUCUGAAAACAACCACCGGACAGGACAUGACCCUGAUAGACAUUGAUUGCGGGUAUGGCUUACAGAAGUACCUGGUGCGUCUGUUGACUUAUUUGCCUGGAAUCCCUAUCUCCAAAGCUCCUAUCUCACCACGUCUUUUGUAUGAAGUCGGCCAGACUGCAGCCAGAGUGGACAACGUCCUCAGAGAGCUGAAUCAUUCUCAACUUAGCAAGUUGCAGAGGGACAAUUUCAAAUGGAGUCUGUCAAAUGUUCCCAUUUUGGAGAAUUACAUGCAUGUACUAGAUGGAGACCCUCUCCAGGAGAUUGUUCAGUUCAUCCUCCAUCAGUACAAAACUAAUGUCACCUGCAAAUAUCCCAGUUUCCGCAAAUGCCUCAUUCAUGGGGACUUAAACGAUCUCAAUGUGCUUGUCCGAGCUGAUGAGAGCAGAGGCUACAGGGUUUCUGGUAUUAUUGAUUUUGGUGAUAUUAACCUUGGUUACUCUGUUUAUGAGCUUGCCAUCAACAUCAUGUAUAUGAUGCAUUUGCACCCCAACCCCAUCGAGGUAGGUGGAUAUGUUCUAGCAGGCUGGGAAAGCGUCUAUGCCCUCAAUGAGGCAGAACGGGACUGUCUGUUUUGGCUCGUCCUUUGUCGCUUCUGUCAAGACUUAGUGUUGUGUUUGUCCAUAUCAAAGUGCUACCCUGAAAAUAAGGAAUAUUUGUUGCGUUUAUCCAAGAGUAACACUUUGAUUUUACGCAAACUUUAUGAGGUAGGGAAGGAGCAGGUGGAGAAGGUGUGGUUCCACACUGACGCUGCUACUCAAUUUAGUGACUUAAAGUAAGAAGUCAAUAAUAUAAAUGAAGGCUUGUUUUACGACUGACAUUCAGAGUUGUUGUAGCAGGACAUUUGUUAUAGGGUUUCCACAGUUUUGUAUUGCAUUCUACCACUCAUGAUAGUAGUAUAUGACACAGACACACACAAAAAAAAUCAAGGAGGAUUGAAAUACGCAAACCGGCAGUUUG